AUGGGAUCCAUCGGAGAAGGCUUCACCUUCACCGUCUACAGAGGGUCUAAGGAUGGUUCAAUCGUCAAGUCGAGCACUCACCAGGACGACCUACAAGGCGAUCAGGUCUUCUUGAAAAUUACACACAGUGGUCUCUGCGGAACAGACGAACACUACCGAUCCGCAGACCAGGUUUUAGGACACGAAGGCGCAGGCAUUGUGCAAGACGUGGGCCCGGAUGUUCGCGACUUAAAGGAAGGUGACCGUGUUGGCUUCGGGUAUCUUCAUAACAGCUGCGGCCGCUGCGAGCAAUGUCUGACGGGCAAGGAGACAUUCUGCCCAGAAAGGGUCAUGUAUGGCAUGGGCGACUUCCACAUUGGUUCCUUCGCCUCCCACGCCGUCUGGCGCGAGGCCUACCUCUUCAAGAUACCCGACUCUAUACCCAAUGAAUACGCAGCACCCUUGAUGUGCGGUGGUGCGACGGUCUUCAACGCCCUAGAGAUGUACGGUGUACGGCCUACCGACCGAGUAGGCAUCAUCGGCGUUGGCGGCUUGGGGCAUCUCGCUAUUCAAUUUGCCGCCAACAUGGGCUGCGAGGUGGUGGUCUUCAGCGGCACGGAUAGCAAGAAAGAGGAAGCCAUGAAGCUGGGUGCUCUGGAAUUCUACGCGAUGAAGGGUAUCAAAGGGCCAGAGCAGCUCCCCAAAAUCAAACCGAUCAAUCACCUCCUUGUUACCACCAGCGCGAAGCCAGACUAUGCCUUGUACUCGUCCAUACUGGCUCCUGGAGCCACGAUCUUCCCCUUGUCCGUCGCGGAAGGCAACUUUGAGUUCCCAUACAUGCCGAUGCUAUUGACCGGCGUUCGCGUGCAGGGAAGCGUUGUAGCGCCGAGGGCGAUCCACAACAAGAUGAUGGAGUUUGCGGCGGUACACAAGAUCAAGCCAAUGAUUGAGAAGUUCCCCUCUGAGCCAGGAGGGCAUUGA